ACCCGAAAGGCGUAGAGAGUUUCCACACGUGUAGAUGUUGACGUUCGAAAGGAUGAAGGAUAAGAUAAAUGAUCGAUUUUGAUAUCGUUCGCCGAUAUUGCUCCAAAGUGAAAGGCAUCUAGAUUUAAAUAUGUCAUUCCUCGUUGAUUCCACGCUGAUCGUCCUUUCGCAGAUCCUGUUUUUUGGAGGUGGUUGGGUUUUCUUCAUCAAAAAGCUAUUUAGAGACUAUGAGGUCCACCACUCCAUCGUCCUGCUGGUGUUCUCCGUCACUUUCUCGCUGUCCUGUACUAUGUUUGAGCUCAUCAUAUUUGAGAUUCUUGGAUUUAUGGAUUCAAGUUCGAGAUAUUUCCACUGGAAGCUUGGACUAUAUGCCAUCCUGUUUGUGCUCAUCGCUGUUUUACCGUUUUACAUCGCUUAUUUCAUUAUUGGUAAUCUAAGACUAGUGCCCCAGAAGAGACAUGUGAUUGGGAUGCUGACUGUAGCUACUUGGCUGGCGUUCCUCUACUUCUUCUGGAAGAUCGGCGACCCAUUUCCUAUCCUUAGCCCUAAACAUGGUAUAUUUUCUAUAGAGCAGUGUAUUGGCCGGGUAGGAGUGAUCGGAGUCACUGUGAUGGCGUUACUGUCAGGGUUUGGUGCGGUCAAUUAUCCCUACACAUCUAUGUUCCUUUUUAUAAGAAAUGUUACAGAUGCUGAUAUCCAUUCUAUAGAAAAAAGACUUAUACAAACAAUGGACAUGAUUCUGCUCAAAAAGAAAAGGAUAGCUAAGGCGAAGGAGGAAAGUUUACGUCAGGCCACCGUUAACAAGAGCCAGGGCGGGCUGUGGGGCAUGCUGAAAACUGUGACGUCAGCUGCGACUGGAUCCUCGGAGAACAUUGGGUUAUUGAAGCAGGACACUGCAGCCCUAGAGGAACUUAGCAGGCAGUUGUUUCUGGAGAGCGUGGAUCUUCACUAUGCUCAGGAGAGGAUUGCUUAUUCAAAGACAUUUAAAGGGAAAUAUUUCAAUUUUCUUGGAUAUUUUUUUUCAAUAUACUGCGUGUGGAAAAUCUUCAUUUCGACUGUCAACAUUAUCUUUGAUCGAGUUGGCAGGGUGGAUCCCAUCACCAGAGGUAUAGAAAUAGCUGUCAAUUUCUUCGGUAUACAAUUUGAUGUAACUUUCUGGGCGCAGCAGAUAUCAUUCGUCCUCAUUGGGAUUAUUAUAAUUACGUCUAUUCGAGGAUUAUUGCUGACGCUUACAAGAUUUUUCUAUGCUAUUGCCAGUAGUAAGUCUUCCAACAUUAUUGUCCUUUGCCUUGCUAUGAUAAUGGGAAUGUAUUUUGUUUCAUCAGUCCUCCUGAUCCGGAUGAAUAUGCCGGCCCAGUACAGGUCAAUUAUUACAGAAGUAUUGGGCGAUCUCCAGUUCAACUUUUAUCACCGUUGGUUUGAUGUGAUAUUCCUCGUCAGUGCUCUGUCUAGUAUUGGAUUCCUAUACAUAGCUCACAAACAGGCCCCGGAGAAGGAUAUAUUGUAGUGAUAACACACAAACAGGCCCCGGAGAAGCAUAUAUUGUAGUGAUGACUCACAAACAGGCCCCGGAGAAGGAUAUAUUGUAGUGAUGACUCACCAACAGGCCCCGGAGAAGCAUAUAUUGUAGUGAUGACUCACAAACAGGCCCUGGAGAAGGAUAUAUUGUAGUUAAAACUCACAAACAGGCCCGGAGAAGUAUAUAUUGUAUUGAUGACUCACAAUCAUGCCCCAAAAAAGGAUAUAUUGUAGUGAUGACACACAAACAGGCCCCGGAGAAGGACAUAAUGACUCACCAACAGGCCCCGGAGAAGGACAUAAUGACUCACCAACAGGCCCCGGAGAAGGACAUAAUGACUCACCAACAGGCCCCGGAGAAGGACAUAAUGACUCACCAACAGGCCCCGGAGAAGGACAUAAUGACUCACCAACAGGCCCCGGAGAAGGACAUAAUGACUCACCAACAGGCCCCGGAGAAGGACAUAAUGACUCACCAACAGGCCCCGGAGUAGGACAUAAUGACUCACCAACAGGCCCCGGAGAAGGACAUAAUGACUCACCAACAGGCCCCGGAGAAGGACAUAAUGACUCACCAACAGGCCCCGGAGAAGCAUAUAUUGUAGUGAUUAGCUUCAUUACAUGGGACUGAAAAAAUCAGCUGUAUAUGAUUUUUGUACCAAAAACUACCGUCGUGUAGGACUACAAUACAGAGAUAUGUAGUGAGUGGCCAUGGUCAUGUCAUAGAUGUCAUAAAACAUAUGUCAACUAACACUAACUUGAUGACCUCAUGAGGAUGUCACGUGAUUGUUUUGACGGGGAAAGCAUACCGUUCGAGUCAAAAUUAGCCAGCCUUAAAAGGAAACGAGAAUUUUCGCUUUUUAUCUCAUCAAUAUGAGAUGAUCAAUGGAAUCUUGCACUUUGGUCCAUGCAAUACUGAAUUUAAUAAGGUACUUCAAUGUAUCACUUGCCUAAACACUUUCCUACAUAUAUAACUCACAUCCACAAAAAAAAUAUAUUUAUCCUGAAGCUGAUGUGGACUUGGAUGUAAUGGUUGAAUUUAAAGUUACCAAGUUACAUUUCCUAAGCAGCAAAUAUUUUUUGGGAACUGUGAGUUGAGAAACUGGGCAACUGUGUCUGUUUGGAACAUUGUGGUUCAUUAAUAUAAGAUAUGUUGAACAAAUUGUAGACAACUUAAUAAAUAAUAUUUAAGAUUUUAGUAUAAACACAUUUCCUUCAGUGGAAUUUAUUAGUACCGUAUUCGCAGUAAUUAGUGCCCAGGGUGAUUAAUAAAAUUGUUACAGAGGGGGCACUUAUUAAGGUAACUAUCGCAGUAAUUAGCGGCCUGGGCACUUAAUAAAAUGGUUACAGAGGGGGCGCUUAUUAAGGUAACUAUCGCAGUAAUUAGCGGCCUGGGCGCUUAAUAAAAUGGUUAAAGAGGGGGGGCUUAUUAAGGUAACUAUCGCAGUAAUUAGCGGCCUGGGCGCUUAAUAAAAUGGCUACAGAGGGGGCGCUUAUUAAGGUAACUAUCGCAGUAAUUAGCGGCCUGGGCGCUUAAUAAAAUGGCUACAGAGGGGGCGCUUAUUAAGGUAACUAUCGCAGUAAUUAGAGGCCUUGGCGCUAAAUAAAAUGGCUACAGAGGGGGCGCUUAUUAAGGUAACUAUCGCAGUAAUUAGAGGCCUGGGCGCUAAAUAAAAUGGUUACAGAGGGGGAGCUUAUUAAGGUAACUAUCGCAGUAAUUAGAGCCCUGGGCGCUUAAUAAAAUGGCUACAGAGGGGGCGCUUAUUAAGGUAACUAUCGCAAUAAUUAGAGCCCUGGGCGCUUAAUAAAAUGGCUACAGAGGGGGCGCUUAUUAAGGUAACUAUCGCAGUAAUUAGAGGCCUGGGCGCUUAAUAAAAUGGCUACAGAGGGGGGAGCUUAUUAAGGUAACUAUCACAGUAAUUAGAGGCCUGGGCGCUUAAUAAAAUGGCUACAGAGGGGGCGCUUAUUAAGGUAACUAUCGCAGUAAUUAGAGCCCUGGGCGCUUAAUAAAAUGGCUACAGAGGGGGUGCUUAUUAAGGUAACUAAAUCUACAUUAUAAACAAAAAGUCUAAAGAGUUUGUUAGGAAAAAGUUUGAUGCAUUGUUAUCAGAUAUUCAAGAUUUAGCGAGUGCCUAGCUUGAAGUUUCUACAUAUAAAAUGUCACAAUAUGACCUAUUUUUGUUAAGUUGUUUCCGGAUUUGGAGGGACAUUUACAUAAUUUUAAUUUCUCUGCCAGAAGGGGGAGGGAAGCUAACUGCGGUGAAUACAGUCAUAUCUUUUGCCUGUCAUAUGUUUAUUUAAUAUGUGCAUUGUAUGUUGCUAAUUAUGAAAUUUAUGUUAGUAAAAAUCUGUGUCAUUAAAUUAUGCAGAAAAUGUCCAUUAAAAUGUUAAUGCUG